AGACACAGGAAGUGAUGUAUAUUGAUCGUGCUUGCGCUUGAUGGUGAUGCGCAGCUCGUGAAGGUUCAGAGCAGAAAGACGGUUGUAUACAAAUCACAGAUCGAAGAUCAACACAAGCAGAGGGCGCUGUGACUAUGACUCCCUGCAUCCCGCUCUCAUUGGUCGGCCUCCUCCUCCUGAGUCAAUGCUCCUCUGAGUCCGCCGGCCCAUCAGUGGAGGUUCUGACCAAAAAGAACGCAGACUUUGCUGCCCAGCUGUAUCGAGCCGUCUCCAGCCGGACCGAUGACAAUGUCUUCCUCUCCACAUUCACGCUGUCUGCUGGGCUGCUGGCGCUGGUGAGCGCCACCAACGGGCCGACCCAGGAACAGCUGCUGCAGGGACUCAGUUUGACUGGACUGGACCCACAGACCCUCCCAGACCUGUUUCAGAAUCUGAGAAGCCUCGUCACCAACCUGAGGCAGGGUGUGGCCGUCUUCCCAGCCCAAGGCUUUCUUGUGUCGUCCUCCUACCUGGACCUGGUUCAGACCAAGUUUGGGGGAAAAGCUCAGAGUCUGGCCUAUACGAUGCCGCAGGAAGCCACCGACACGAUCAACAGCUGGGCCCAGGAAAGCACGGGAGACCAGGUCCAGGAGCUGGUGACCAACCUGGACCCAAACACACAGCUGCUGCUUGCCACCACUGCCUUUUACAAGGCCCAGUUCAGUCCGUCUUUCAACGCGUCCUUCACUCAGGACGAGCGUUUCUACAUGGGCAGGUAUCACGUCGUCAUGGUUCCCAUGAUGUUCAGAGCCGAUAAGUACUUUCUGGCAUACGACGGCUUGGUGAAAGUCGGUGUGUUGAAGCUGCCGAUGGUGGGCGGGGCUGCCAUGUUGGUACUGCUGCCCGAUGAAGGCGUGGACGUAACCGCCGUCGAAGAUGAAGUGACUGGAGAGAAGAUCCAGACCUGGAUAAGACAGCUAAAGAGAACGAAGUUGGAGGUGCAGCUUCCUCGCUUCCUGUUAGAGCGUUCCUACUCUCUGCGUGACGUCCUGCAGACUCUCAACAUCAAGCAGGUGUUUCAGGAGGACGCUGACAUCAGCAACAUGGGCGGAGCUGACGGUCUCAAACUCACACAGGUUUAUCAUAAAUCUGUAGUGUCCGUUGACGAGAGCAGCGAUGACAUCAUCACAGGAGGCGAAGCCAGCACGCCCUCCACUCUGCCUCCUCGACUGACCAUCAACAGGCCCUUCAUCUUCAUCAUCUACCAGCAGACGAGUGGCUGUGUGCUGUCGAUGGGCCGCGUCAUCGACCCCUCCAGGAAAUAAGACCAAUCAAAGUAAUGUCAGUAACUCCUGUCCAGCGUUUCCCAACCUGAGGCUUAAGACCCCCCCCUCAAUAGAUCAAUUUAAGGGUCCUGACACCCUUUCAUAUUUAUACACAAAAGUACAUUUAUGUUUUCAGCUCGUUAGCAGCUUUCUUUCUUUCUCAAACAUCCAUGAUGAUAAGAUGAGCUUCAUCAUUCAUACAACUGUCAGAACUGUCUUAACUUGAGGACACUGGUUGAUCGGUCUUAACUUAAGGACACUGGUUGAACUGGCCUUAACUUGAGGACACUGGUUGAACCGGUCUUAACUUAAGGACACUGGUUGAACUGGUCUUAACUUAAGGACACUGGUUGAUCUGGUCUUAACUUAAGGACACUGGUUGAACCGGUCUUAACUUGAGGACACUGGUUGAACGGUCUUAACUUAAGGACACUGGUUAACCGGUCUUAACUUGAGGACACUGGUUGAACGGUCUUAACUUAAGGACACUGGUUGAACCGGUCUUAACUUAAGGACACUGGUUGAACUGGUCUUAACUUGAGGACACUGGUUAACCGGUCUUAACUUAAGGACACUGGUUGAACCGGUCUUAACUUGAGGACACUGGUUGAUCGGUCUUAACUUAAGGACACUGGUUGAUCGGUCUUAACUUGAGGACACUGGUUGAACCGGUCUUAACUUGAGGACACUGGUUGAACCGGUCUUAACUUGAGGACACUGGUUAACCGGUCUUAACUUAAGGACACUGGUUGAACCGGUCUUAACUUGAGGACACUGGUUGAACGGUCUUAACUUAAGGACACUGGUUGAACGGUCUUAACUUAAGGACACUGGUUGAACUGGUCUUAACUUGAGGACACUGGUUAACCGGUCUUAACUUAAGGACACUGGUUGAACGGUCUUAACUUAAGGACACUGGUUAACCGGUCUUAACUUAAGGACACUGGUUGAACCGGUCUUAACUUGAGGACACUGGUUGAUCGGUCUUAACUUGAGGACACUGGUUGAACCGGUCUUAACUUGAGGACACUGGUUGAACCGGUCUUAACUUGAGGACACUGGUUAACCGGUCUUAACUUAAGGACACUGGUUGAACCGGUCUUAACUUGAGGACACUGGUUGAACGGUCUUAACUUAAGGACACUGGUUGAACGGUCUUAACUUAAGGACACUGGUUGAACUGGUCUUAACUUGAGGACACUGGUUGAACCGGUCUUAACUUAAGGACACUGGUUGAACCGGUCUUAACUUGAGGACACUGGUUGAACGGUCUUAACUUAAGGACACUGGUUGAACGGUCUUAACUUAAGGACACUGGUUGAACUGGUCUUAACUUGAGGACACUGGUUGAACCGGUCUUAACUUGAGGACACUGGUUGAACCGGUCUUAACUUGAGGACACUGGUUAACCGGUCUUAACUUGAGGACACUGGUUGAACGGUCUUAACUUAAGGACACUGGUUGAACGGUCUUAACUUAAGGACACUGGUUGAACUGGUCUUAACUUGAGGACACUGGUUGAACCGGUCUUAACUUAAGGACACUGGUUGAACUGGUAUUAACUUGAGGACACUGGUUGAACCGGUCUUAACUUAAGGACACUGGUUGAACUGGUCUUAACUUAAGGACACUGGUUGAACUAGUCUUAACUUAAGGACACUGGUUGAACCGGUCUUAACUUAAGGACACUGGUUGACCGGUCUUAACUUGAGGACACUGGUUGAACCGGUCUUAACUUAAGGACACUGGUUGAUCGGUCUUAACUUGAGGACACUGGUUGAACCGGUCUUAACUUGAGGACACUGGUUGAACCGGUCUUAACUUAAGGACACUGGUUGAACUGGUCUUAACUUAAGGACACUGGUUGAUCGGUCUUAACUUGAGGACACUGGUUGAUCGGUCUUAACUUGAGGACACUGGUUGAACCGGUCUUAACUUGAGGACACUGGUUAACCGGUCUUAACUUGAGGACACUGGUUGAACGGUCUUAACUUAAGGACACUGGUUGAACGGUCUUAACUUAAGGACACUGGUUGAACUGGUCUUAACUUGAGGACACUGGUUGAACCGGUCUUAACUUAAGGACACUGGUUGAACUGGUCUUAACUUGAGGACACUGGUUGAACCGGUCUUAACUUAAGGACACUGGUUGAACUGGUCUUAACUUAAGGACACUGGUUGAACUAGUCUUAACUUAAGGACACUGGUUGAACCGGUCUUAACUUAAGGACACUGGUUGACCGGUCUUAACUUGAGGACACUGGUUGAACCGGUCUUAACUUAAGGACACUGGUUGAACUGGUCUUCACCUGCAGACACUGGUUUGUGUUCAGUGGUCAUAAACCACUAAGGUUGGACAUGAGGAUCUAGAGACGUGUGGUGGAUGAAAAUAAGGAAUUCCUGCUUUGGAUUCAUUUGAAUAUGCGCCUCUCUCGGGGUGAGUACAGACUGAGAUAUUUGUACAUCAAACAUAAAACCAACAUGUUGGUCAAGAUGAAGGGUGUGGAUGGGACUUGAGGCCUGAGAGCUGGAGGCUGAGAAUCCUCUUUGUGUUCUUUGAACUUCAGUUGACUGAAACUCUCGAGCUGAAACAUGAGUAGUUUGUUUUCCUCCAUGACAAAAACAUCUGUGAAAUUACAGGGCAGUAUCACAUAGUAGUGGUAGUAUUAGAGUUACUGGUGCUAAUACUAUUACUAGCAUUAGGAGUCAUAAAACACAUAGACCCUUUUACAGUUCGUAAACGAUGGUGAUGUACUGACUGACGUGUGUGUACUUUCCAGAGUAGAAAUAUUUAGUGUCCAGAUAGAAAAAUGUAUGUGGAGGAGAAACAUUACCAGUCACUCUAUGGUUAUUAUCUACCAACCAUUAAGUUACCACGAACGACGUUUAGAGAGCCACCAGUUAACAUGGCCACUGGUUAAAGUGGAAUACUGGAUUCUGGACUAUGUAGAACUUGAGUGGAUUCUGACAUCAGAACAUGAAAGAGACGUUUAGAUGUGGGAAACAGUUUUAAUUCAGUGUGUAAAGCUUCUAACCCAUCUGUCGAUGACAGCAUGCACACUGUUGGCUGUAAAAGGACCUAUUUGAGCCUGGUGGAGACUCUAGAGUUACUAAUGUAACCUUUUGAUUAAAACCUUUGAAAUGCCAUCCAUCCAUCCAUCCAUCCAUUUUCAAUACCGCUUAUCCUCAUUAGGGUCGCGGGGGCGCUGGAGCCUAUCCCAGCUGACAUAGGGCGAAGGCAGGGGACACCCUGGACAGGCCGCCAGUCCAUCGAGGGCUGAGGACCUUUGAAAUGCACUGAUGUAAACACUUAAAGACUAAUAACUAAAGAUAAACCCAUGACUUCAGCCUCAGCUGGACCUUUAGUUAGCAUGACAACCUCUAUCUUAGCAUUUGUACUGUUUGCAUGUCUGAAACACUUCCUGUAAGCAUUUAUAAAUAUAAAACGUGUAUACCACCUGCAGUAAAGCUUUCCUGUAAAACAUUAAACAUUCAAAUUAA